AUGCUUAUUGAGGGUUAUUUCUUUCUCAUUUAAAAACCCAAUCCCUCCAAGGAGUCCAACAUGGAAGAGUUUAAAGAUGCAAGUCCACCUGAAGAAUUACUUGAUCACUUAAAGCUUUCUGAUCAGAAGUCUUCAGAGACUGGCCCCAAAGAUGCACAGAAUCCCAAAAACAUUGAAAGUGGACAUACACCAUCUUCAGCCAAAGAUCCCGCAACAGCAGAUGAGUGUUUCCAUGACUGUCACGACUCCUUUGAGGCAAAAGAACCUAUGCUGGAUGAUGAAGGGAAUUUACAGAAUGAUGAGAAUAGCUCAAGGAAGCAGACAGAACUAGAUGAAGAAUACUUACUAGAACUAGAAAAAGAUAUGCCAGAGGAAGAAAAACAGAAAAGAAGAAAGGAGAGCACAAUGCUGAAGGAGAAAGGAAAUGAGCAGUUCAAGAAAGGAGACUAUGGAGAGGCAGAAGACUCUUAUACAAAGGCUCUGCAGAUUUGUCCAGCCUGCUUCCAAAAAGAUAGGGCUGUUUUAUUUUCAAACAGAGCUGCUGCAAAAAUGAAACAGGACAAGACGGAAGCUGCUCUAAGUGACAGCAGCAAAGCAGUGGAAUUAGAUCCUAACUAUAUUAGAGCUUUGCUGAGGAGAGCAGAGCUAUAUGAAAAAACAGAAAAACUAGAUGAAGCUUUGGAAGAUUAUAAGGCAGUCCUAGAAAAAGACCCAUCAGUUCAUCAAGCCAGAGAAGCUUGCAUGCGAUUACCUAGACAAAUUGAAGAGCGGAAUGAAAAAUUAAAGAAAGAAAUGUUAGGCAAACUGAAGGAUCUUGGGAAUUUGGUUCUCCGCCCCUUUGGCCUGUCAACAGAAAAUUUCCAGAUAAAACAGGAUUCAUCAACUGGUUCAUACUCUAUCAAUUUUGUUCAAAAUCCAAACAACAAUAGAUAACAUUAAUUCAAUCUAGUUCUGCUGGAUUUCAGGCUUCGUGACCGUGUGCUUACACAUACCAAUAAAAGGAUUCAGCAAACAUUCUUCACACUCCCCAAGUGAAGAUAAGAGUCAAGCAUAUUCAUUUCCCUGCUUGUGAAAUUAUUUACAAUGUGGAUGCAAAGCAAGUCAUUUGACUUAUGUUAGUGAUAACAGUGUCUAGUGUGUG